CAAUCAGCUGCAGCCGUGGGACCCGCGAAAUCCCAAUGAGCUACUGUCUUGCAGGAGGGUUGGCCCUGGCGGGGCGGAAGCGACUUUGCAAGGCUGGAAGCAGCCGAGAUGGGGGUGAAAUUAGAGGUUUUUCGGAUGGUUCUCUACCUCACCUUCCCCGUGGCCAUGUUCUGGGUUGCCAAUCAGGCUGAAUGGUUUGAACAGAACGUCAUACAGCGCAAGAGAGAGCUGUGGCCUCCUGAGACAGAAGAGCAGCGCCGAGAGAUGGAAGAGUUUAAGGCGCGGCUUCGGAAGCAGAGGGAGGAGAAGCUCCUUCGAGCGGCCCAGCACAGCUCCUGAGGCCCACGGUCUACCCACCCGUCCACCCGCCUGUCACGAAGCCAAAUAACACACAUUCGGUUCCUCA